UAAAUAGUACUACUAUAUCAAUUAGAUAGACAUUUCAAACAUCAAUCUAACGUUUCCAUACUUGCGCAUGGUAUGAGGCAAGGCUUUAAGGUACCAUGAAUUUGUUUUGACAAGUUUGAGCGGACACAAUGUUACGCAAGACUUUAAACCGGGAGAGUCACAUGUUUUUUUUUUAGAGAUUAGACAUAUCCAGUACGGGAUUAGAAAAACGGGUGGGUAUCUAUUUAUCCGUUCUGCCGGCUACAUUAUGAUUUCUAAAAUGUAAUGUAACACAACACAGAACUGCGUGGUAUACUCAUAUUAAUAUUUAGCAUCGAACUAAAGCCGUAUGUUCAGACCGAGUUGAACCUUUUCAAAACUCUUUUCAACCUUUUUCAACAAAGUUUCAUUAACCAGACCUAAAUGCGUACGUUUUACUGUAAAUUACGACAGUAAACGGUAUUAGUUUUAUGUAGGAAUAGCAUUGCCCCUAUUAAAUUGGAAAAAAAAAACAGGAAAGACAUGUUCGCUAAACCGCGCGUGAACCACGCACGGCUUAUCCAAAAAUACCUAUUCUAUCCUAGACACCCAUGAUCUAGAGGAAUGGGAGCGAGGCUUUAUCCUGAGACGCUCAGUUGUUAUCAAAGGACAAAGAAGGGCGAUGGCCGAAAGAGAACGCCAUGUGAGGUGCUUUUUGUUCAUUGAUUUAUUUAUGUCCGUUUUGCACACAAACAUGGUAUUAAGCAUAUCAUCAAUCCUUAUUGGAUUUCAGUCGUUUGAUGAAUUGUUUCAGCUAUAGGUACGAACCACAAACUUGUCCAUUUUUUAUUUCCAAAUUAAGGUAUCACGCGUCAGUUUAAUGCAUCGCCGUCCUGUUUUCAAUGCUUUUAAUAGACGUAAACUAUAAUAAAGCAAAUGUUAGGUUCUGCAAUUAUAAUUCCUAUAUGUUAUCUAUUUUCAUUUAAUAAAAAGUCUGAUAAUUCACUACAUAACGACAGAUGUAUUCUUAUGGUACUGCCUAGAUCCUGCGUAAUUUCAACAAGGGAACGCAACAUUUUCCCUAAAUUUGGAAUAGCACCCCGUUUAUUAAUGCUAUCUAUGCACGAAGUUUGACAGAAAAUUUAUAUGAACCGUAUUUUAGAACCUAUUCACUAAGGAAAGCCUCGGCCGGAAAGCCUCGGCCGGAAAGCAGGCCGCACAGUACACUUCGUCUGUACAGCUAUCGCUAGAAAUGCGACGGAGUCGGUUUCAUGAGUCAAGGAGGAUCAGCUGUUAAGGAGUGGCGUUUCGAGAUCAUGAUAAACAUUAUCCUGAUUACUCUGUGCUGAACGUUCAAAAUGUAAACCAUAACGAUGCUGGCAGGUAAAUGUGCCUAGCAAAGAAUCCACAUUCGGCACAAGGCAUUGUCUAAUACAUGUGGUUUUCCUUUCGAGGGCUCAAACCCUGAAAGAUCUUGGUUUCAACAUCGGCUGUGUUCACUGCGGACUGUACCUUUUAUACAGUUAUUAUUCACUCUAAUAAUUCAGUUUAUAUACACCUUGACAAAGUCAUUCAACCAAAUAUUCAUUUGGGGCCAAAGCUAAUACAAAUUAUUGAGUCGAACAGAUUGAUUUUUGAUUUCAUAGAUAGCUUGAUCGAUGGAUCGAUGACGUACACUGCGUGAAAACCGAUGUAGGUGACUGUUGUAGAUAAGCUACGCUUGAAGCGAGCCAUCAAAAAAUUGUUUAACGCGUCAAUGAUUCGUAGAAAACAUAUGGUAAUUGUAUUGUUGUACCAAUAUCCGCAAAUUUGCGUCAAACUCUAGAUAUCGAUCGUCGAGCCUAUGGGAAUAAGACUAUCGUACGAACAACCCAUACAAACGGAACAGCUCAAAAACGUUAACGAGAACUGAAAUCCGUUUAUAAUACCAGACGUGUCGUAUGUGGAAAUACGUUACCGGGUGCUAUUAUUCAGCUAAUAAUUGCACUGCCGCUAUCGGAUACAUCAUUGUCCAACGGUAAAAAGCUGAACGCCAGUGUCUACGAUUGAUUGGCUAAUAGAUUGAUCAAGGUUCGCCAUGUAUCUCUUUGCUUUCAGUAAAGGUAUACAGUUCCCACUUAUUUCUUGCGAUGCCUCAGGCAGCAAUUGGGGGGCCAUUACUCAUAUCGAAUUGCAUUAUAUCGUAUCUAAGGUAAAUUAAGUUUUAUGGAUGAUGAAACGCUUUUACCACUUUAGUUCACGUCAAAUACUGCACGGACUUCGAUUAUAAUGAAACACUCCGUUUUCGACUCAUAGUACAUUUUUCAUUAAUGAAGUAGACUAAAUAACCGAGCUUCUUUUAAUAAAGCAUAUUACGAAUUUCCAAUAUGUUAACGAUUGAUGUGAAUUGGUAAAAUCGGCCUUCUAAUAUCUGAGAGCAAAUUCACAUUGACAACUUCCACCCAUCACAGUGAAGGCCGGACAGACUGCACUCCUUGACUGAAUUAUUUUCGCUGGGGGUGUCAAAGAGUUCUUGUGGACUUAUAAAGGCCGAUCGAUCAAUAACGACACUGUCAAACAUGUGAUAAAUAUUAAUUUGGAUAUUUUCAUGUUAAACAUGCGAAACGUGAGUCAUAAUGAUGCCGAUAAUUACGCAGUAAAGAAUUCUCGCUCAGAAGACCGGGUCAGCAUUGUUAUGACUGUGCAAGGUACUAUGAAAGGAAGCCAGCUUAAAGCGAGCGGCAAUGAAGAUAAAGCUUCAGUUCAUUGGUGUAAUACUCAUUGUUUACUUCGACAGAAAGAAGGAUUGGCGUGUUCAAUAAUCAUACUUAUUUACUGAUAGAACAGAUAUGUUUUAUGAAAGAGAAGAUCGAGGCGUUCAUAUUAUGUUUAUAUUGAUACCUCGAUCUCAUGAUUCAUGGUACUGGUGCUAAAGGAUACACUUUUAGAAUAAGGUGAAAAUAUCCGCGGCGUUUCUUCGAUACACGCAUCAGCUACCGUAUCUUAUUGAGCCAGCUCAGGGUAGAACAGAUAUAACAAAUUUAUUCAUUUAUGUAGUUCAGCUUUUACCUGUACCAGAUUACCCAAAUGCGGUUCCUGAGAUAGCCUAUUUUGUUUAAAGCAUCUUGAACUCGAACCUCUAAGCGACGGGGAUUUGUCUUGACUAUAUGUCUGUCUUAAGGCUUCCUAUUCGAUUUGAUCAAAACUGCCGCUGUAAUCUCCCUAGCCGUAACUUCCAAGCGCUGGGAGCGAGGCUAUUUGAACCCAACUCACAUAUACUCAAGGAGCCUUCAUUGACGCGCUCCUUUGAUAAAACGUUUUCGGGUAUGAUGGCGUCACCACUUGCAUCUACAUUUUUAGUUACGUGCACUUUAUGGACGAGUUGUAUUUCCAUCAGCACCGAAACGGUACAGUUAGAAAAGCUAACAACUCAAAAGGUGCGCGUUGGCCGGGUGGUGAAUUUCGUCUGUACGGUGCUUUCGGGAGAUGUUACGGAAUUCCUUUGGGCCAGAGACGGUCAGCUCAUUCGAGAUGGCCGAAAAUUCCGUAUUCAUGAUAAUCCUGUAAGCUCAUUUCUGACCAUCCGCGACAUAGAGGCCGGUGACGCUGGCAACUAUACUUGUGUGGCUAAGAACUCAUUUUCAGAGGAUCGAGUUAGCGCCAGACUUAUUGUCGAAGGACCUCCGUCAUGGGCCAGCGAUCUUCAAAAAGAAGUCGUAGCUUCUCUCAACCAACCGCUCAACGUAAAAUGCGACGUAAUUAGUUAUCCACAGGCAACUAUUACAUGGCAGCGGGUUGAUCUCGGAGAUAACACGCAUCUCCAAUCCGAACCGGAUGGUACCCUACACUUCUCCAAUGUUACCCGAGACGAUGUGGGAACCUACAAAUGUACGGCAAAAAAUACCCUCGGAGAAAUUCAUAAAGAGGUCAAAGUUGUAGUGCGAGUUCCGGCCAAGAUACCCAGCGGGCAUAAGUACGCACCUGUGACGGUUCGCCGCGGGGAUACAGCUGUACUAAAAUGCGAGGCAUUGGGCGAUUCUCCAUUGAACAUAACUUGGAAGAAAGGCGAACAGGUCAUCACUCUCGACACACCCAGAAUGGAGGUAAUUGAGAACACCUUUGAGGGUGGGAUUAACUCGGAACUCCAGGUAGCAUCAACGGAUCGGGCGGAUAACGGCUUGUUCACCUGUACGGCUGCGAACGCUUAUGGAGAUGAUAAGCGAACAAUCAAACUCAGCGUUCUUGAGGCACCGGGAGCCCCAAUCGACGUUAAAGUCAUUGAAACUUUUUCCAAUUCAAUCAGACUGCGCUGGGCAGCUCCGUAUGGCAGUACUUCUGUCACCAAGUAUAUCAUUCAGUACUGGAAACAUCACGGCUCCGCGUACCGUCUUCACGAGCAAGAGGUUGAGGCGGCGUCACAACUAACGGCGACUCUGACUGGGCUUCGGCCAGGAUCGGACUAUAAUGUGAGGGUGGCCGCUGUUAACGCUGUCGGUAGUGGACAUCAUUCAGACAGCGUUCGCUUUAGAACUUCAGAUGAAAAACCGUCGGCACCCCCUACUGACAUUAUUGCUGAGCCAAAAGGACCGACUGUGAUCCGGGUUCGUUGGAAGGCGCCACCUAAGGAUCAAUGGAAUGGCGAUAUUACAAAGUAUUACAUUGGAUAUCGGCCGGUGGGCGCGAGUCUGAAUUAUACUUAUCAAACUGCAGCCGCAACACGCCAACAGGAGGAGGAGCAUCUUCUGAGUGGAUUGAAGAGAGGCACGGAAUAUAGCAUCGUGGUGGCGGCUGAGAACUCUGUAGGUUCCGGACCUUUGUCGCAAGACAUUCUCUCCAGGACCUCCGAUACUGAGCCCCCCCGACCGCCAAGGAUUAGUCUCGAAGGAACCGGAAGGACCUCCAUUACCAUUAAGUACCAGGAACUCCCUGGACCACAAGCACAGCAUUUCAUUCUGUCAUAUCGCGAGCAAUCUGGGCCCUGGCGUGAGCUCACAAUACCGCGCACUUCUGAUCAGCGCUACACAUUAUCUGGAUUACGGGAAGGAACUUCAUAUGAACUGAAACUUCUUGCUGAAGGCGAGGGUUCCACCAGUGAAGCAUCGGAAACAAUGACUGUAUUGACGGAAGGUUCUCUGUCCGACGCGAUCUUCCCCCGGGGGAGUGCCGGUGGCCAGGGCGACCUCCCGGUCUAUCUUCGCUGGACAAUUCUUGCGCCCACAUUGGCUUCCCUUGGCAUUAUAACGAUCGUAUCUCUCAUCGCUUGCUGCCUCGUUAGUCGAGAACGGAAGAAAUACAAGAACAUGGUCGUAAUCGGUGAGUUCCCUCACGUGACUUACGAUGUUCCUCCAGGAACGGUUCCCUUGAAAGGGGGGUCAGUUCCAGUUGGAACUCUCAUGCCCAAUGCCCAGAUGACGAUCAUGAGGCCGGCGGGAGCCGGGGCGACGACGCGUUACGUGGACGUUGAAAAGUACGGUAUGGUGGUAGCUCCUCAGGACUGCCCGCUGCUGCCUGGACAGCAGUUUCCCAUCCCGUACGCCACGCUGCCCGUCAGACAGCCCCUGGGGCAUCCCGGUGCAGCAGCAAUGCGGCCACGUGCCGGAUCGCAGGAUGUGGUGUUAGAAGAAGGACAGUACGGCGAUCACCACUAUGAUAUAGCAGGUUAAGCAGAGGCCCUGUUUUUAACACAGAGAAGAUUGGAACAAAGCUCAACCUCUGUAACAACAACCAACUACAAUUAUUACGCUGUACAAAUUACACGAAAUAUUAUUAAUUAUAAUAAGUAUAUUAAUGGUAAUGAAUGCUAACGAUGAAUUGCUAAACACCAGAUAACGAAAGAAAGUGAUCGUACCGGAGAAAAUGAUGACAUCAAACUUCAUUCACGCUAGAGUAAUCAAGCUAGCGCCUGUGCUGCUAGCAAACAAUUUUUUCAAUUUACCACCUCUGUAACAUGGAGAAAGCACGAUUAUUAUUGUAACAGUUACGAUGAACAGCUGCGUAAUGUCCGUAAAAAUUAGUGAAACGGAUGAAAAAAACGGAACACGGAAGUAUGCAUUUUGCGUUGUACGUUUUCCAUUCGGAUCGUCUUUGGUUCCAUGGCAGUGAAAUGGGGGCAGUGGUAAUUGACGUGUUUGCUCGUAAACAGAGACAUUUGGAUAGUUCGUUAAAUCCAAAUGCUGAUGAAAGCAAUGAACCUCCUCACACAAUGUUUUUUAUCAGCCCACCUUCCUUCGCCUCCGGGAUUCCUGAUCUGACCAGAUCGACUGUGCGGCAAAUGCCAGGGACCACAAGUAUAUCUCAUUUGAAAUGCGGGUAAAUAGUCUGACUAAAUUGUGAUAAAUCUUUUAAUUACCCGAGUACAAUUUUAGUCUUCUCGGGCUUGAAUCAAACUGAUUUUCUAAAUUAGCGAACUUUCACAGAGGCCGUAGCCAUCAGCAGGAAAAACACAUCCGAUUCGAUCCUAAGGUUUUGACUAGUAUAGCCACCACUGCAAUGUUCUCAAUCUCUUUAACUUAAAAUUGAACUUCUACACCUAAUUACACUCGAUCACUUUUCUAUCUAUGAAUUUACACAUCUCGCACGCCAGUCUUCACAACACACGCAUUGUGGGAACACCGUAAACAAUGGUCCGUAUCAUUGUGCUGUAAACCUCAAGAUAUUGUCCACUAUUAAACACCCCCCCCCGCGACAGCGAAUGAAAUGUGUGCGUUGGGUGAAUCAGUGAGUGCAAGGUAAACGGUAGGAGACCGUUGGCGCGAUUGUAGCGACUGUCUGAACAUUCAUAUCCUUUUUAUCUGUGUACGCCCACUGCAAUUCCGUGUUGGUAGCCCGUUCAGCCAAUACGAAAAAAUCAGAUUCUGCUGAGUAGUGUACAAUUAACGACUUUAUCUAUCGUGGGAAGGCAAUGUUGACACGUCCGCUAUCUAACUCGAGCUUCUCUAAAUAUUAGUGGUAUAUACAUUACGAGAAGCGUCCGCACGAACGGUCUGGUCUGGGUCAAUCCCGUAUAGCCCGUUGAACUUUCUAUCACUAACUAUUGCUAGCCAUGCAAACAAGUAUCAAACGAAAUCUAGGAAGGCGCCGAUAUAAGAAAAUAAUUAACUAGCUUAACUGAUCAUUAGUCUUCUUAUUACUAUAAUGAUAAAUACCUAAAGAAAGUUGUUCUUCAUCUCUCUCUCCAAACACAAGGGCACACAGACACAUACUCCUCUCCCUCGCUAUAUAGUUGCUAAUAUGUAAUAAUAUAAACAAUAAUUAUUAUUAUAAUCAUAGUAAGGAUAAUAAUAAUGGUAGCAAAGGGUUUUAUUGAUUGAUUCAUGUAGGAACUAUUCGGCUCAGUAGACCGAGUACGGAACGAGCUCCGUCAAGCCGGGCUCGAGGGUGAACAACAGAGUAGUUUGAACUAAGCGCAAAAUAUUAGGUAAACAUCAACCAACGAGACGGCAAUCGACAAGGUGAACGUAGACAGAAAGGCUACCUUAGGCAUAUAUUCUAUCAGUGAGCAUACGUAUGAAGGCCGUCAAAGGAAAUGUGCGCGAUGUCGUAAGAACAAGACGUCUUACCUAAGCUAUUAGCCACAAUGAUAAGGAGAACCGGGAUUGCCAAAAGAAAAACCCCUAUAAAACUAGUCACCAAAAAAAGGCGUCGUGAAGGACAGCACAGGAGAUCGUACGCUGUUGGCAGAUCUAUUAUCCACGAAAGCCAUCAAUUAAACAAACGUGAUGAUUUGUCAUUGCCGCACUCGAAACCGGUGAACAAAAUGACCCCCCAACGACGAAUGUGGUAGAUGUAUUUAUUGCGACGCAAUGAUGACAGGGGACAGAGCGCUUAAACAGCAAGCAGCCAUUGGCACUGGAACUAAUCUCUCCGAUAGGGACAUAGUCAGAUUUGGCAGAGAGGCAUUCGACGGCAGAAAAUCAUCUAGUGGCGGAUCGGAGAGUUGAUACGUUUUUUUUUCGAAAGAAAAUAUUUUUGCUCUAAAUGUUCUCCUACUACGUUCUCAUACGGUGCAAAUUUUCUAAUUAUAGGAGUAAUACUAUGCCCUAUGUAAAUAGAAAUCUCACCUCGCCCUGUUGCUGCAGGUAGCUUCGUUCUUGUAAAUGCAGUACAGGACUUAGGAAUAGAAAAAUGAAUCUAUCUCUAUGUUAUAUUGCGUUAUCGAUUGCUUCCAUCAAUGGCUGAAUCAUCACAAUAUAUCGCUGCAUUUAAUAACAACUAGAUAUGUGCCAGGUGUAUAUACGAACAUGAGCAAGAUUCUGCAUAUAUAUAUAUAUAUAUAAAUGUACUAGAAUCUCCGUAUGCUUUGUCAAAUUGACGCUCUUUUUCUCCGUUGACGCGACGAAUGUAUAGGGAUUACCGACCGACCGGCCGGCCGGCCGGCCGACCGACUUCAAAUUGAAUUGGUUGCUUGAUCAUACCGAAUGCCUCCCUCCACUAUUUCAUCGAAGAAAUUAGCUGACUGUUGCCGUUAUGCCAGCACGAUAUAGCAUACACGGAUCUGUAAAUAGCCUAUAUCGCAUUGUUGACAUUUUGAGUUUGCUAUUCGUCUCGUUUUUGAUCGGUGACCCGUGCGCACGAUAUUUGCCUAUGGCCACUUUCUAGGCCUUCUUUCAAAUCCGACCGUUGAUCUCGAUUUAACUGGCUAAAGACCCCAAUCCAAAGCAAAAGAAAUAUUGAAACCCGUCGUGGGGUCCAUCGUUACUGAAUUGAGCCAUUCUAUCAGUUUGCUGAGGCCGGUAGCAUUGCUUGCACCAUCACACGAGAUUUUUAGGGAGUAUGUCGUGAUCAACGCUGUUGGAAGCGAUGCGUUCCAGUGUGAAAGUCAACGGAGGGCAAUGAAAAUUUUCUAGGUUUAUUUUCACUGUGAUAUAUAAAGUGUCACCGAUAUUCCAUUCAGCGAGAAAGAACGAAAUAGAAAGGGAGAGAGAGAGAGAGAGAGAGAGAGAGAGAGAGAGAGCGGAGUUACCACAUUCUAAGUCUCCGUGGCCCCGAAUUGCCAUGUUUAAGCUUAUUAUCAAUUACGAUUAUUAAUGAAAGUGUCAUGUGAGCGGAGUAAUUCCCUAGUAAUUAAUUGCAAUGAUGACGGUAAUGAGAACACGAUGAUGAUAGUGAUACCGAUGAUUAUCAUAUACAAAUACAAUAUAAUAAAACGCAACCAUGUAGAUGUCA